AUGCAACUUGUUGAUGUACGAGAAGCUUUACUUGAAGUUGGAGAAAAGGAUAAUGAUGUUGCGGUUGCAAGUGAAGCAACUUCAUUGGCAGAGAAAGAACUUGGUGACUUUGGUAUCAACAAUUAUUUGUCAAAGGAUAUGCAUGUUGAUAAUGCUAUUAAAGAAAUAAACAAAUUGAUUGAAUACUUCAAAGAUUAUAGAGAAACUGGUUUUUCUAAAGCGAUUAUUGAAGCUAAGGAGAUUGCUAUUGAAUUGGGUAUUGAUCCAAUAUUUCCACAAAAGCGUUUGAUUCAAAGGAAAAGAAGUUCUUCUCUUGAGACAAGAUUUGAACAAUUCAAAGAGUAUGACAAAUUAUUUGGUUUUUUAUUUCCACAUAAUUUGAAGGGAAUGGAAGAUAAAGAUCUUAAGUCGUCUUGUCAUCGCCUUGAAAAAGCACUCAAGUUUGAAGAAAGAUCGGAUAUUGAUGCUGAAGAACUUUAUACAGAGUUGAAAUUAUUUGAGACAUUGGACACCAAUGAAUUUAACAACCCUAUAGAUGUUUUGAAGUUUUUGAAAGAACUUGAUUAUUUCCCAAAUGCAAGCAUUGCAUAUAGAAUAUUGUUGACUAUUCCAGUAACAGUGGCAUCUGCAAAAAGAAAUUUUUCGAAAUUGAAGUUGUUGAAAUCUUACUUACGCUCAGCAAUGAACCAACAAAGACUUAGCGGUUUGGCCAUGAUAUCUAUCGAGAACGAAAUCUUAGAGAAUAUAGAGUACGAUGAGUUGAUCAACCAAUUUGCUAUCAAGAAUGCUAGGAGAGCUUCACAAAUCGUCGGCUAG